AACGCUUUGGAUUCCCCGGACCUGGGUGGGGAGAGCGAGCUGGGUGCCCCCUGUACCCCCCACACCCAGCGCCUCAUGAGCCGAUCCUCGGCCCCAUGGAGCCCGGCACUUAUACCACUUUGGACGGCGCCAAGGAGAUGGAAGGCUUGCUGGGAGCUGGAGGGAGUCGGAACCUGGUCACCCACUCCCCACUGACCAGCCAUCCAGCGGCGGCGCCUACGCUGAUGCCUGCUGUCAACUAUGCCCCGCUGGAUCUGCCAGGCUCUGCGGAACCGCCAAAGCAGUGCCACCCAUGCCCCGGGGUGCCCCAGGGGGCGUCCCCAGCUCCAGUGCCUUACGGCUACUUUGGAGGCGGGUACUACUCCUGCCGAGUGUCCCGAAGCUCGCUGAAGCCCUGUGCCCAGGCGGCCACUCUGGCCGCCUACCCUGCGGAAACUCCGGCGUCUGGGGAGGAGUACCCCAGCCGCCCCACCGAGUUUGCCUUCUACCCGGGAUACCCGGGACCCUACCAGCCUAUGGCCAGUUACCUGGAUGUGUCGGUGGUGCAGACAUUGGGUGCCCCUGGGGAGCCUCGCCACGACUCCCUGCUGCCUGUGGACAGUUACCAGCCCUGGGCCCUCAGCAGUGGCUGGAACAGUCAGCUGUGUUGCCAGGGAGAGCAGAACCCUCCAGGUCCUUUCUGGAAGGCAGCAUUUGCAGACUCAAGCGCACAGCAUCCGCCUGACGGCUGCGCCUUCCGCCGAGGUCGCAAGAAGCGCAUUCCCUACAGCAAGGGACAGUUGCGGGAACUGGAGCGCGAGUAUUCAGCUAACAAGUUCAUCACCAAGGACAAGAGGCGCAAGAUCUCGGCUGCCACCAGCCUCUCAGAGCGCCAGAUCACCAUCUGGUUUCAGAAUCGCCGGGUCAAGGAGAAGAAGGUCCUCGCCAAGGUCAAAACCAGUGCUACUCCAUGAGGGAGCUCCCUGGCUCUGGCUGGGAGGGGGAAGGGGGGAGUUGGGGUAUCCUGGUGAGACCAGGAGCCUGCCUCGGCCAAGCUGGGGCCCAGGACUCUGCUGAGAGGCCCCCAGAAGUGACACUCUUCCCAGGCCAAUGUUCCUGGGCUGUUCUUCAGGGAUAGUCUGGAUACCCCAUGGGUCACAGAGAGCCAGCAAGGCCCAGAGUUACAGCCCAGUCCACCAGGUAACACUACCCAAAUGACCUUGUCCCAGUCAUAAUCAUUCAUUCUGGCAGUUGCAAUAAUCACCAUACCCAGUACUAGUUGCCAUGAUAGUUAGUAUCAUAUUUUCUAUCUAGAGCUCUGUAGAGCACUUUUAGAAACUGCUUUUGUGGAUUGAGCUGAUCAUGAAUAAACUUGGAAGGAGA